CCCGGCGUCCGGCACAGGCGGGGGCUGCGGAGCUGGGGGCGGCGGACCAGCUGCAGGGAGGGCGACCUGGAUGCGGAGCGCCGUUCCUGUGCCAUGGACCGCGGCCCGCCCAGCCUGGAGCCUGCUGCCGCGGCUCCCGGAACCUCGGGCCGGUGCGUGAUCGCGCCCGUGCGCGCCGUGCUCCGCCUGCGCCGCCGCGUGUGUGUCCUGCGCAAGCGGCGCCUCCUGCAGCCGGGUGGGGGGCCCGAUGUCGGGACCGGGACGCCCAGGCCGGGCUGCAGCUCCCCGGCGCUGCGCGCGGACGCGGACCAGCCGCAGUUCUUCACCUUCGACGGCCCUGCCGAGCUGUCCUCCAGGACACCACGCAAGAGGCGCCGGCGCAGCCGCUUGGUGCUUUACCCGGAGACCUCGCGCAAGUAUCGGCCGCGCGUGGAGCACAGGAGCCGCGCGCAGCGCUGCUUGCUGUUGCUGGUCGCCAUCGUGGGCUUCCAGGUACUCAACGCCAUCGAGAACCUGGACGACAACGCGCAACGCUACGACCUCGACGGGCUGGAAAAGGCGCUGCAGCGCGCGGUGUUCGGCCAGCCGGCCGCCGUGGCGCGCAUCGUGGCGCUGAUGCGGGACUACCUGGCCACGCACGUGCACAGUCGUCCGCUCCUCCUGGCGCUGCACGGGCCCAGUGGCGUGGGCAAGAGCCACGUGGGCCGCCUGCUGGCGCGCCACUUCCGCGCGGUGCUGGAGGACGACGGCGCGCUCGUGCUGCAGUACCACGCGCGGCACCACUGCCCCGAGGCGCGCGCCGCACAGGACUGCCGCGAGGAGCUGGCGCGGCGCGUGGCCGACGUGGUGGCGCGGGCCGAGGCGGAGGAAAAGACCCCGCUCCUGGUGCUGGACGACGUGGAGCUCAUGCCGCGGCCGCUGCUGGACGAGCUGCACGGCUUCCUGCAGCCGCAGCGCCCGCACCACUUCCACAACGCCAUCUACGUGCUGCUCAGCGGCGCGGGCGGCGCCGAGGUCACACGCUUCGUGCUGCAGAACGCGUCCCGCGCGCUGCCCCUGCGCCCCGACGGCGCCCGCGGUGCCCAGGCCGAGGCGGCGCGGGCGGACGAGGACUUGCGCGCCAGCUUGCAGGCGCUGCUGUCCCGGGGGCACCCGCUGUGGGAGGCCGCGGCCGUCGUGCCGUUUCUUCUGCUGGACAAGCGGGACGUGGUCAGCUGCUUCCGCGACGAGAUGGCGGGCGAGGGCUUCUUUCCCGAUCAGGCCCGCGCGGAGCGUCUGGCCGCGCAGCUCAGCUUCUACCAAGUGGCUGGCCGCGAGUUCGCUGUGACCGGCUGCAAGCAGGUGGUGGCCACGGUGAAUCUCCUGUAGUGGAGGCGCAGGACGGGACGUUUGUGUUGACGGCAGCAGUGGACGGGUGACCAGGGACCCUGUGGGCUGGCGCAGGCCCCUGAGGCGUCCAGCGACUUUGUGGCUGCCAGGUUCAGGGGUGCGUCCGCUCAGAGCUCUACCUCCAGGUCCGCACCCGCCUCAGAGCCGCAGGAGAGCAGCCCCCUCCCUCGUGAACGCGCCCAUUCCCCUGCUGGGGGUCCCAGGCAUGGUCUGGUGGGUUCUGUUUGGUCGCAGGAGGUGGGGGCUGGGUUCCCAUGGUACGAGGAUGACCUGAGGGCCAGCAGCUCCCAGGGUCACACAGCUGGGGCCCACCUUGCCUCGGGGGGAUGGCUGUGGGUAGGCAGCCCCCCCCACGCUCGGUGCUGGGGUGGGGCUCUCAUCCCCGCCACCCUGGAGAUGAGCACAGAGGAGGCUGCAGCGAACCACGACAGUGCUGGGGUCCCGCUGUCUUCUCCCACCCCACCCCUCACUCAGGUCGUGUUUUCAGCAGCUCAAGGCUUGCACGACUUGACCCGAAGGCCGGGGGCCUCAGACAGCCUCUCUCCUCCUUCCCAGAGCCCCCGACCCUGUGCCGCCAGCUCUGGCUUGGGCUCACUGGGUGACCGAGAGCCCGCGGGGCAAGCAGGAGGUGCCCAGGCCUCCGCCCAUUCAUCUCCUCAGCCCGUGGUCACCACGACUGCGUGACCCCCCUUCCCUGUGGCCUUUUGUGCCCUGAGUUCCGCCCACCCGCGCCCUCCCCACGCCUGUCGACCCCACACCCCACAGCUCCCCACGCUCCGCCUCUCGGAAGCCCUCCUGGACUUUUCCGGGAGACCGGCUCCCCACGUCCAUGGGAGCUUUAGAGGAAGGUGCUUUGGGUGCUUUCUGUGCCAUGUCUCCUUGGGGGCGGCGGUUGCCCCGGAACGGUUCUCGCCUCCUCCCGCAGCCCAGGUGCCUGGGACGCACCGGCAGCCUCAGUGGCGCACCUGGCCCAGCCUGCGGAGCCGCCUAGCUCGUGGCAUCUGUGGUUGCAGGGGCUGAACGCGCACCUGGGCCCGGAGUCCCCCAGGCCGCCCCAAGCCCCUGUCCCCGCCGCCGGCCCCGCAGCGGUUCCGGCUGGGAGGAGCGCGCGGGCGCCGGGACCCGCCCUGAGGGGCUCAGAGGGCGG